CACCCCUCCCAAAUGCUGCCCCCGCCUCGCCGUCGCCGCCGCCUAAAACCCUAGCCCCGCCCCGCCCCGAUGCCGGAGCCCCCCGUCCCGGCCUGGCUCCGCGGCCUGCCGCGCGCCCCGGAGUACCGCCCCACCGAGUCCGAGUUCGCCGACCCCAUCGCCUUCCUCUCCCGCGUCGAGCGCGAGGCCGCCGCCUUCGGCAUCUGCAAGGUCAUCCCGCCCUACCACCGCCCCUCCCGCCGCUACGUCUUCGCCCACCUCAACCGCUCCCUCCUCUCCUCCCCCUCCACCAACCCCAACCCCAACCCCGCCGCCUCCUCCGACUCCUCCCCCAACCCUACCCCCUCCCCAUCCCCCGCCCCCGCCGCCCUCUUCACCACCCGCCACCAGGAGCUCGGCACCGCGCGCCGCGGCCGCCCGCCGCCGCAGGUGCUCAAGCAGGUCUGGCAGAGCGGCGAGCGCUACACGCUCGACCAGUUCGAGGCCAAGUCCCGCGCCUUCGCCAAGGCCCACCUCGCGGGCCUCCGCGACCCGACCCCGCUCGCCGUCGAGUCCCUCUUCUGGAAGGCCUCCGCCGACCGCCCCAUCUACAUCGAGUACGCCAACGACGUCCCCGGAUCCGGCUUCGCGGCCUCCGCGCAGUCGCAUCGGCGGCCGCACAAGAAGCGGAGACGGGAGGGCGCCCCGAAUUCCGUCGACGAAGGGGAGAAGGCCACGGGGUGGAAGCUGUCCUGUAGCCCCUGGAACCUUCAGGCGAUUGCGCGGGCUCCCGGGUCGCUCACCCGGUUCAUGCCCGAUGAUGUUCCCGGGGUGACCUCUCCCAUGGUCUACAUCGGGAUGCUCUUCAGUUGGUUCGCAUGGCACAUCGAGGACCAUGAGCUCCACAGUCUCAACUUCCUCCACACCGGUGCGCCCAAGACGUGGUACGCGGUUCCUGGGGAUCGGGCUGCCGAGCUCGAGGAAGUUAUCCGUGUGCAUGGCUAUGGAGGCAAUCCUGAUCGCCUUGCGUCCCUGGCAGUGCUUGGGGAGAAAACGACAUUGAUGUCCCCUGAGGUCAUUGUAGCCUCUGGUCUGCCCUGCUGUAGAUUGGUACAACACCCUGGUGAAUUUGUGGUGACCUUCCCAAGGGCCUACCAUGUUGGGUUUAGCCAUGGAUUUAAUUGUGGAGAAGCUGCCAAUUUUGCAACUCCUCAGUGGUUGAAGUUUGCCAAAGAGGCCGCAGUUCGAAGAGCUGUGAUGAAUUAUCUUCCUAUGCUUUCUCAUCAACAGCUACUGUAUUUGCUAGCAGUUUCCUUUAUAUCCAGAACCCCCAGAGAAUUAUUGUAUGGAAUCCGAACCUCUCGUUUGAGAGAUCGAAGAAAAGAAGAAAGGGAACUACUAGUCAAACGGGAGUUCUUACAGGAUAUGAUUAGUGAAAAUGAACUUUUGUGUUCUUUUCUCAAGAAGAAAUUAAUUGACAAUGCUGUUCUAUGGGAGCCUGACCUGCUGCCAUCUUCUACUGCUUUACAUUCCUGCUCCUCUGGCCCAAAAGCUCCUUUGAAGGUUGAUGAUGUUCACAGUAUCGAGUCUGUCCCCAAAGAAAACAGUUCAUCUGAUGAUAUUGCAUCUAGAGCUGGGGUACAACCUAAAUGCAUGUCUAUGGACAGCAAAUCAUCUGAUGCCAUGUCUACUUCCGAGGCGCAAAAACUUGAUACUGACACUGAUGAUGAUGGUGACCUUCCUUUUGAUUUGAGCAUUGAUUCCGGCUCAUUGACCUGUGUUGCUUGUGGAAUUCUUGGCUUCCCGUUUAUGGCAAUUUUGCAACCCUCCAAGAAAGCAUUGGAAGAUAUGUCCCUUGUUGAUGUAGAGAGAUUUAAGCUGAAUUGUGAAAAAGAGAACCAUUCAAAUGCAAUUUCAUGUUCUCCUGAUGAUGGCAAUUCAGGACAUCCAGUUAUUGCCAAAAGACCUUCCAGCCCUGUGGCAGAGUCUAACUUCAGUCAUCAGAAUGCGGAAUCAGAUAAAGAUGGUGUGGGACUUGAUGGACCCCUACCACCACAUAAUAAUAGUUCACAUUCUUGCAGCAGUGAAAAUACCCUUAAUCCGUGCAUCAACACAGAGACAACCGAGACGAAGAUACCGAGCGCUCGUUUUGGUAUAGAAUUUAGUAAACAAACUGGCAGAGGUGAUAUUGAUGCACAAGCCACAGAAAGUUGCGGCAACACUGUUGACUGGAAUAUAUCCUCUGCAUUUGUACGUCCCCGUAUCUUCUGCUUGCAACAUGCACUUGAGAUUGAAGAGUUGCUUGAAGGCAAAGGGGGUGUACAUGCUCUCAUCAUUUGCCAUGCAGAUUACACCAAGCUAAAAGCACUUGCAAUAUCAAUUGCCGAGGAAAUCGAGUUUCAAUUUGACUGUAAAGAUGUUCCACUUGCAAAUGCGUCCAAAUCUGAUCUACAUCUAAUCAACAUUUCAAUUGAUGACGAGGGGUACAAGGAAGAUGAAAGAGAUUGGACGACACAGAUGGGUCUAAACAUGAAAUAUUUUGCCAAGCUUAGGAAAGAAACACCAGGUUGCCAAGAGCAACCUCCUCUAUCCUUUUGGAAGAGAUUAGACAUCUCAGAUAAGCCUUCGCCUAUUUCUGUCGUUCCAAACCUCAAAUGGCUCUGCAGGAGAGCACGAACCCCAUAUAGAGUUGUUGGUUAUGCUGCCAGUCGUAAUGCCACAGUAGGUCCUGAUGUGGUUAGCCCUGCAGUUACAAAGGCUGAGAUGGGCACUUCUGGAAAUGCUUACGAGAAUGCCAAAGAACAGCAAACUGCUGAACAAGACGCCCCUCUGGAGCCAAGUAGGUUGCAAGAAGCUGAUGAUGUUGCUGAUAUGCACACGUGUUCUGAGGACAUUGAUCAAGACAUGCAUUGUCUGAUUGGUAGCAAGAGACAGCGAACCGCUGAACAAGAUGCCCCUCUGCAGCCAAGUGGGUUGCAAGAAGCUGAUGAUGUAGUCGAUAUGCACACGUGUUCUGUGGACAAUGAUCAAGCCAUGCAUCGUCUGAUUGGUAUCCCUGUUGCUGUUGCUGAAUAUCCGAUGAUGCAUCAAGUUUGUGAAGGUACAGUAAGUGUUAGCACCUGUGAACUUGACGAUCUGGUAAGUGCUAGCACUAGUGAUGAUUCAGUUUGUAAAGCGUAUUCUCAGGAUUCACCUGGGGUGUCAGAUGACUUUACCGCUGAACAGAAAAGUGUCCAGUCAGAUGAGUUGACUAGUUCCGUAGCUAUGUCCGUACAACAGUUCCUUGUCGAUGAAAGUAUGAUUGCAGAAGACAGCAGCAAUCAUGAAAACUUGGGUUGUUAUAAUGUUACUUCAGAGUGCAAAGAUAAACAGCUGCAAGUUCAACAGGAGCAGGAGAAUAUUGAACUUUGUAAUAAUGCUGGCAGAAACUUGGCCACAGUAGUACAGGUUGAUUCCAGCCAUUUCCGUGACAAGGCCGUCAAUCUCAAGAGUGCUAUUCCCACUGAGUCACAGCAUGAGUAUCCGAGGAGAGAUGCCAUUGUUUUGGAAGGCAUGCAAGCUGCUUUGACGACAGUGGUCUCUGAAGAAAAUAGAAAUUCAGUUCACACAGAAUUGGAUUCCCUUGGUAUUUUACUUGGAGCUUUAGCAGAAGAAUCCAUUCUAGCAGAUGUUCCUGGAAAAGAUGAGGUUGACGAUGCUUCCUUGACAUUGAUGACGCUGGCUAGCAUUGACCAGUCUGCAGGCGAUGUUGCACACAAUGAAGUUAUAGAGACGUCUAGCUCUUCUGUUGGCGCAUCUCUUUCAUGCAGGGGGCGGACUUUGACCAAUUUGGCAUCUGAUGGAUCGCUUAGGAUUCAGAACGCUGAAAUACAAAAUAAACAAGAAAACGCUGAAGAAGUUGGUGCCUGGAACUGCCAGGGUUUGAAGAACAGCAGAGGAAUACUUGACAGUUCAGCAAACAGUUUAUCUGAGACAGGCAAAAGUUCAGGCACACCAAAUACUUAUCAACCAGACAUAUUGUCUAGAAGCAUUGGAAGCUCAAAAAGAACGAGCAUCAUAUGCUAUGUCAGACGCAAGCGCAAGCAAAAAAGAAAGAGGGAAUCACAAAGUGUUGGGAGCUUUGCCCGCGCCCCGUGCGAGAGGCUGAGGCCCAGGACGAAACCUGCAGUAAUCGAAGAGCCGGCAGAGCAGAUUGAAACCGCAAAACCAUCCGCUGCCGCAACCAAGGGCAAGAGGUCUAAGGUGGUGGAGUUAUUUCAGUGUGAGAUCGACUUCUGCGACAUGACAUUCGAGAGCAAAGCGGACCUCCGCGCCCACGAGCGCAACAUCUGCACCGACGAGUCAUGCGGCAAGCGCUUCCAGUCGCACAAGUACCUGAAGCGGCACCAGUGCGUCCACCGGGACGAGAGGCCGUUCAAGUGCCCCUGGGAGGGCUGCGGGAUGACCUUCAAGUGGCUGUGGGCCCAGACCGAGCACAUAAGAGUCCACACGGGAGAGCGCCCGUACGAGUGCUCGGUUGUAGACUGCGGGCAGACGUUCAGGUACGUCUCGGACUACAGUCGGCACAGGAGGAAGUUCAAUCACUACUGAUUUGGUCGUCGCAGCGCUGUAGGGGGGGCAAAGGCUCCUCCUCUGGCUGGUGCUGCUUUGUGUGUUGAGGUACGUUCGUCCUUCGUUUGUUGUAGCAGGCUAGCAGCUCACGUAUUUAAUUAACCGACCGGCGGCUAGUGUUAAUCCCGUUCGUUAACAAUGUGCCAAGUGUAGUCUAGGAAGUAGAGAUAGAUUGGGGGGUAAAAGGCCAGAUGGCCCUUCAUUCUUUUUCUCCGUCAAGUCCAGUCAUGUAUGUAAUCCCUUUAUAAAGUUUUAUCAAUUCGAUGAUGCCGAAAUCUCCCUCAGUUGAGUGAUGUAUCUAAACUAAUCUAUGCUCAAGUUUAUUAAUGCAAUGAUGACGAGAUCAUCUGGUUCGUUC